AUUGAAUUUAAGGAGCCCACCUGGGUUAGUCAAAAAUUCGCCUCCAAUUAUCAUCAACUACUAAAAACAGGUCCCUUUCGUCUUCUUUUCUACAAACAAACGCGUCAACUUGCUUCAGUUUACUCGGUAUCUUAUCUUCCCGUCAUUUUUCCACAUUAAGAAUCCCACACGCUUUUGUGGCAUAGCUACUUUCCUACUUUUCAAAACAAGGAAAUGGCUUUUGGUUCUGUUUGUAAGUUUAAUUUCUCCUCUGAUCGGUGGCAUGAGGAGGGGCAACUGAAGUAAGUAACUCCAUAUAUACAAACUUACCUAAAGUCGUGAAUGGCGAAGAGGAAAAAAGAAGAAGAAGAAGAAGAAGAAGGAGACCGCAAGUAAUUAGUUUUCUGCAGCUGCAGCGGUGACUUUUUCAAAUUACUUUAGCAGACAAUUUUUUUUUUCAAGCUUCAAAUUGUCAGGAAUGGCUGAUGAGUUUGCUAUUUCCGCUGCUUCGAACGUUGCGGGAAACCUGAUAUCGGAAUACCUGCUGAAGCCUGCAACACGUAAACUUCGUUACAUGUUUUGUUUUAAUAACAUUGUAAAAGAUCUUAAGAAGAAAAGACAGGAACUUACAUCAGCUCAAGAUCGGCUGCAAUAUGACGUCGAGGAGACCAGAAAGCAAAUUCAAGAAAUCCAAGAGGACGUGUUGGAUUGGCUAAAUGCUGCCGAUGAAGUCCAGAAAGAUGUGCAGAGUCUGGAAAAUGAAAUACGGGAAACUCAAAGGUGUUUCAGUUGGUGUCCGAAUUGGAGUUACCGAUACAAGUUAAGUAAGAAAGUAGCAAAGAAGACGCUAGUGGUUACUGAACUUGUACAAACUAGCAAAUUUGAACGAUUGGGCCGCCGUGCUACUCUUCCAAGCAUAGAGUUCUUUUCUUCUAAGGAUUUUAUGCCUUCUAAAUCUUCAAAUUCAGUUUUGAAACAGAUUAGAAAGGCGCUGGAUGAUGAUGAUGUGAACAUGAUUGGUGUGUGUGGGAUGGGAGGAGUGGGCAAGACAACUUUGGUGAAAAUAGUGGGAAUCAAAGCUAAAGAAUUGAACCUAUUUGAUCAAGUUGUAUUUGUCACUGUGUCCCAGAACCCAAACCUGGACAAAAUUCAAGAUGGAAUUGCGGACACUUUGGGUUUAGAAUUUGAUAAGAGGAGCGAACAAGGAAAGGCAAGGCAGUUGUGGUUGAGGUUGAUAAUGGAAAAGAGGGUUCUCAUUAUUCUUGACGAUGUUUGGAAAGAGCUCAACUUGAUGGCUGUAGGAAUUCCUUUUGGUGAAUAUCACAAGGGUUGCAAAAUUCUUGUCACAACACGUCGUCAACAAGUAUGUUCUUCUAUGAGAUGUCAAACAAAGGUUCAACUUGACGUGUUAGCUGAAGAUGAAUCAUGGGAUUUGUUCAAGCGGAAUGCAUUUCUGGAUGAUACGUGUGGCACUUUGAAUGACGUCGCCAGGGAGGUUGCUAGAGAAUGCAAGGGUUUGCCUCUUGCAAUUGUUACCAUGGCAAGGGCUCUAAGAGAAAAAAGUCUAGAUGAGUGGAUAGUCACAAAUCAACGACUCAAAAACUGCCGCCACUUGGACAAUCAAGAAGUUUGUGAAGAUAUCUACUCAUGUCUCAAGCUUAGCUAUGAUUAUUUAAAGGGUGAAAAACUCAAGUCAUGUUUCUUGUCAUGCUCCCUUUUUCCCGAGGACUAUGAAAUUAGCAUCGAGGAGUUGACUAGAUAUGAACUUGGGCGGGGAUUGUUCUAUGAGGUCAACUUGAUUGAAGAUGCAAGGAGGGAAAUUCGUGUACUGGUAAAAAGCUUACAAAACUCUGGUUUAUUAUUGGACAGUGGCAAAGAACAAUUUGUGAAAAUGCAUGAUGUGGUUCGGGAUUUUGCUCAUUGGAUAACCUCAUCAGGAGAUAACACAUUCCUGAUAAAAUCUGGCAUUGGGAUAGAGGAGUGGCCAAGGAGUGAAAAUUUUGGAUGUUACACGACAAUCUCUUUGAUGGACAACAAGAUACAUAACCUUCCCAACAAAUUGGAGUGCCCGAAGCUCGAAACUUUGUUAUUCAGUGGAGAUGGCUCAACAAGAGUUUCAACAACAUUUUUUGAAGGGAUGAGCAACCUCAAAGUACUGACUAUCGAACGCGUCUUUUGGUUAGAAGGACUUCAAUUCUUGACAAACCUCCGAACUCUACGUUUAGAGAAGUGCAAACUCAGCAACGUUUCAUCAUUGGGAGAACUGAAAAAACUGGAGAUUCUUGAUUUUCAUGGUUCUGGAAUCAUUAGUCUCCCAAAUGAAUUAGGAGACUUGCCAACUCUACGAUUGCUGGAUCUGUCAGAUUGCCAAAGGCUGCGAAGGAUUCCCUCUAACUUGCUACCAAAGUUAUCUCUACUAGAAGAGUUAUACUUCAGCGGAUUUAGCGUUCAACAAUGGGCAAGUGAAGGAACAAGCUUAGAAGCAAGCAACGCUAGCUUAUCAGAGCUGAAUUCAUUGUCCCGUUUGACUGCACUUUCACUAAACGUUUGUUCUAAGUAUUUUCCAAGGGGGUUUGUGUUCUCCAAAUUAGAAAGAUAUGGGAUAUUCAUAAAUAGAUGGUACUACGGCAGCUAUCCAACCUCAAGAACCUUGCACAUCAAAGGAUGCCCAUUGGAGGCAUUUAAGGAGUUGUUCUCUAACGUGGAAGAUCUUACUUUAGAUGGGAUCAUGGGUUACAAGAAUCUUAAUGUUCCAAUCUCAUAUCAAGGCAGGGGACUCAACAAGUUGACUUCUCUUGAACUUCAAGAUUGCAAGGACAUUGAAUGCCUGAUCGAUACAACACAAGACCAAGUGCUGGGGAAUGUUGCUUUCUCUAACUUGGUGAAAUUAACCAUAAUGGAAAUGGUUUGUUUGAAAGAACUAUGCAAUGGUCAGCCUCCAAAGAGUUUUCUACAGAAAUUAGAAGAGAUGACAGUGAGGAAAUGCAAGCACAUGAUCUCUAUAGUCCCAGCGCUUCAAAAUCUGAAAGAAGUAAGGGUUAAAGAAUGUGAUAAGUUGCAGGUGGUUUUUCAAAUAGAUGGGCAUAUGUUUAUAAAGGAAGGUCGAAAUUCGAUGCAACUUCUCUCAAACUUGACAUAUUUGGACUUAGAGUUCUUACCUGAAUUGAGAAGCAUAUGGAAAGGGUCAAUCCGUCAUGUAAGUUUCCAAAGUCUAAAGAUGGUGAGAAUCCAGGACUGCAAUAAGUUGACGUUUCUCUUAUCACAUUCCCUGGCUGAAAGCUUGGUUCAUUUAGAAAAGCUUGAGAUAAGUCACUGUUCGAGACUGGAGCAGAUUAUUAUCAAUGACAUAGCACUACCAGAUCAAGGUGAACCAUUAUUGUAGAGCACCUGUCCCAGUCUUUUCUGCUUCCCAAAAUUAACGACUCUUGGAAUAACUGAUUGCUCCAGAUUGCAAUAUAUAUUUCCAAUGUCAACGGCUCAAGGUCGUCCAAGUGAUGGGACUGAGAUCGUGCUCCCUCGGUUGCAGUCUUUAGUGCUUGAAAAUUUAAUGAACUUGACAAGUUUUUAUGCAGAAAACUGCUUUGUAACACUGCCAUGUUUGGAAAAGUUGGAAGUGCGCAAAUGUCCCCUUCUGACAUAUUUUACGGUUCGGCUGGAAGUCACUAUGCAAUCUCAACUAAAGAGAUUAUGCCUUUCUAAGGUGGGAAAAAGCAAUCAAUUGUGCAACAUAGUUGGCUCCCAUAGGAGACAAAAGUCACGAAAUUUGGAAUACUUGGUCGUUGGGGAUUGUGAAGAAAUAUUCCAUCUUCAAGGUGGAUACUUCCUCUCAUAUUUGGAGGCAUUGCGGUUGGAGGCUGUUUCUAAUUUGCAGGUUAUAUGGAAAGGUCCCACUAAUGUUGCAAACCUACAAAAUCUUGUUUGCUUGGUAUUGAUUGACUGUCCAAAGCUAAGAUAUGUCUUCCCACCUGUACUUGCCCAAAAUUUGAAGCAAUUGAGUUACCUAGACAUACAGGAAUGUGGGGAAUUGGAACAAAUCAUUGCCAAGGAUCAAAUUUCAUCAUCAUCAUUAUCAUCACAUUCUCAGGGUCAUCAACCUCUAUGCUUCCCCAAUCUGACCGAAGUUUGCAUCAAAAAAUGCAAAAAGUUAAAAAGUCUCUUUCCCGUUAGUGUUGCUUGUCAUCUUCCGAAACUAGAUUGUAUCAUGGUUGAGGAAGUCCUUGAAUUAAAACAAGUAUUCGGACAUGAAGAUGAAGCAGACAUAAAAGAUGAGAAGAUAAUGCUCCUUCAACUAAGGGAAUUACUCCUUACAAAGCUACCAAAUCUCAUGAGUUUCAGCCCCAUGUGUCACCAUUUUAAAUUCCCACUUUUGGGGUUCUUGACAGUAACAGAUUGCCCCAAGAUGAUUACAACUUUCACUGUGGAUUCUGAACUAACAGUGCAUGCAAAAGCAGAGGAAUCUAAUGCUACAAGGGUUACCAGCACUGAUAUUGAUUGGCAUCGUCAUAAUAGUCCUAAUGCACUACCUCGAUACAUUGAAGAACCAUAGGAUCAUUUCACACAAUGAAAUUGCAUCCAUGUUGCCAAUGCUUGAAGCAGUUGCUAAUCCUUCUCUUUGUAUCUACAGGUAGUUUCUGUUACAGAUGCUUUUGUAAAAUUUCUUGAUUUGCUUUUGCUUUUUUUUAAAUGUUUUAAUUAUUUGUUCAUACAAAGAUUUUCUAAGGAAAUUUGGAAGGACUCCUAAAACUGCUGAUCAUACUGUUGCUCUCGUUAAGGAAGCCAUUCAACUCAGACUUUGCAGCACCCAGUUUGCCACUUCGAUCUGCAAAAUCAAAUGCUUAGCCGGCAUUAGUGUCUGCAACAUUCUGUAUCAGUUUAAUGUUCUGUGAUCUGUAAUCUUUUGUCUUUUGAUUGUUCCUUUGUUCUGCUGCUUAUCUUCUAGCAGCCUGUUUUAUUGUGUAUUAGGAAUCCUGCUUUCUUUAGAUGAACAGAUAGCAUUUAUCCAAAAAAAAAGAAACAAAAGAUUUUCUAAGGAA